AUGGGAGAGCUACCACCGCCAAAGAAAACGGUCCGCAUUGGUGUUGAUGUAGGCGGGACAAACACCGAUGCGGUCGCUAUUGAUCUUAGUCUCCAACAAACCGUCAAUCGCGGCGUUUUGGCCCAUUUCAAAACUCCCACGACCCCCGAUGCAACCUCUGGUAUUGAGGUUGCAGUUUGCACCGUUCUCGCCGCGGCUGGUCUGACCAACUCACCAGAACGCAUUGCAAGUGUCACCAUCGGAACGACACAUUUCAUCAAUGCCGUUAUUGAGCGUGAUGUGCGACGGCUGCAGCGCGUUGGCGUUCUUCGACUAAGCAAAUCAUUCCUGCGCGAAGUUCCGGCCUUCGCCGAAUUCCCACCAGACCUGGCAGCCGUCCUCAAGUCAUAUGUUGGCAUUGUUGAUGGUGGCCUUCACAUCGACGGCUCACAGGAGGCACCUGUCGUGGAGGCCCAAGUUGUAGCCGAGUGUGCAAAGAUUCGCGAGAGCGGUGUCACUGCCUUGGUUAUUUCAGGGGUGUACUCGCCUAUCGAUGAAGUAUUUGGCCAAGAGGAAAAAGUUCGUAACAUCAUCCUUCGAGAAAUCCCUGGCAUCGACGUGGUCUGCAGUAAGGAGGCCAGCGCUAGUAUUGGCUUCAUCGAAAGGGAGAACGCGGCGAUUUUGAACGGCGCUAUUCUGCGGUACGCCAGGAAAACAGUCAGCAGGUUUCGCUUAGCCAUGAAGAGGCUCAAUCUCGAAUGUCCAUUGUUCCUCACGCAGAACGAUGGUACUAUUCUGGAUGCUGCUUCGGCCGCCAAGAUUCCGAUCAGGACGUUUUCGAGCGGCCCAACAAACUCCAUGCGGGGUGCAGCUUACCUCGCAGGUCUGGAUUCCGGCGCCGACAAUUCAGCGAUUGUGGUCGACAUUGGAGGCACGACGUCAGACGUUGGAGUCUUGCUUCCCUCAGGCAUGCCUCGACAGGCUUCAGCAUAUGUUACGGUGGCUGGUGUUAGAGUCAACUACUCCAUGCCUCAUCUUCAUUCCAUUGGUCUUGGUGGAGGUUCGAUCGUGAGGACGAUAGAUGACAAGGUUAAAGUCGGCCCUGAGUCAGUUGGACUAGAGCUUGUAACGCGCAGUCUUGUUUUUGGAGGAGACGUCUGCACAACAACGGAUAUUGCUGUGGCCGCUGGUAAAGCAGUCAUUGGUGCUACUGAGAAAGUCAAGGGCCUGGAAACUGGAUUCGUCGAACAAGCCAUCUCCCGUAUCCGAACACUGCUUGAAGGGGCUGUUGAUGUUAUCAAAACGUCUCCAGACCCAGUGCCAGUUCUUCUGGUUGGCGGAGGCGCGAUACUAUCACCUGAAAGUUUGAAAGGCGCUUCAAAGCUGGUCAGACCACCAUUUCACGAUGUGGCAAAUGCCGUCGGCGCCGCCAUCGCCAGAGUCUGCGGAGCGGUUGACAUUGUACAAGGGACAACAAAUCAAACAGAAGGCCAGGCAGUCGAAAAUGCUAAGAAACUAGCUAUCGAACGUGCUAUUUCUGCAGGUGCCAUCCCGGAAAGCAUCAAGAUUGCGGAGAUUGAGACGAUGCCAUUGCAAUAUGUUGCCAACCAGGUCAGGACUCUCGUUAAGGCUGUUGGGGAUAUUGAUCUCCAUGCCAAGCUAGAUGAUACGGAUGCAUUCAACUUUGAGGACGAUGUUGAAGAGCAGGUGGAGAGUACUAAAGACUUCACCCGCGCAACAAAGGAGGAGGAGAUAAUCGACCCGGUUCUAUAUAAGCCUGAAGUCAAAGUGAACGACAAUGGUGUCGCAGAGUGGCUUAUUAGCGAGACGGAUUUAGAAUAUUUAGCCGAUGGCUGUUAUGUUCUCGGGUGUGCGGGAGGUGGAAGCCCGGCCGCUUCGAAAAUACAACUUCGAAACAUGUUGCGAGCGGGAUAUACAAUGCGAAUUAUUGAACCCUCCGCGCUCAAAGAGAGAGACGUCAUUUACUGGGGUGGACAUAUGGGCUCUCCAGCCGUUUCAAUAGAACGUCUCCAGUCGAUAGAGACAGUUGACGCCUUCCGAGCCUUGAUGGAAUAUUUGCACCACGACAGAUUUGACGCAGUUAUGGGUCUAGAAAUUGGUGGUGCUAAUGGCCUUGAGCCAUUCCUGGUUGGCUCCUCUCGGUUCUACGACAGCCCAAUCAUCGACGGGGACUGGAUGGGAAGAGCAUAUCCCACUUACUGGCAAACCACGUUAGCUGUGCACGCGCCUUUGGAGCUAGUCCCAUGUGCCAUUGAUUCAGGCGACGGCAAGACCAUAGUCAUGACGAGGGCUCCUAACGAUGAGAUAGUUGAUCGCGCAUUGCGCGCCUCGUGCUCAGAAAUGGGCUCGCGGGUAGGCAUGGCAGCUAAGCCUACAACUGCUGAAAAGGUGAAGAGUUUUGGUGUGCUUAACACAGUAUCGCUAGCCUGGAGAAUCGGCCGAUCAAUCGCCCUCUGCCAAGCAACAAAUACCAUGAGCACAGUUGCUGAGUCGAUCAUUGCGGAGGCUGGAGGCCCUGAAAGUGCCAAGGUCUUAUUUAGGGGUAAGAUUAUUCGAGUUGAAAGACGCCUCUUCAAAGGCCAUUCUUAUGGAGAAGUCCAUAUUGCUGCUUUUGAAGGGGGAGAGGAGGAAGAGGCAAGCAACGUUAAGGAUAGGGCUGUUGCUGUGGCAGAGUCCGGCACUUUGAAAAUCCCUUUCAAGAACGAGAAUAUUCUUGCGGAGCACACUAACGAAGAUGGUAGUGCUCAAAUACUGGCAUGUGUGCCGGACUUGAUUUCCAUCCUGGAUAACGAGUCUGGGAGAGCACUUGGCGUUCCCGAGUUCAAAUAUGGUUAUAGGGUUACGGUUAUCGGCAUUACAUGCUCGCCUAGAUGGACUGAGACAAAAGCAGGACUGGAUAUCGGCGGGCCGAGGGCAUUUGGUUAUGAUCUAGAUUACAAACCUUUGGGAAAAUAUGUCGAACCACGAAGUGUUAUUCAGGAGUAUCUCUCAUAG